AUGAAAAUUUGGGUGGAAAAUGUAUUAGCACGAAAUGAUUUAAACUUGAGUGAUAGUGUGUUGAUGGAAAAGGCCUUAGCAUUUGCUAAAGAAUUCGAAGUUUUUGAUAAGUUUUUAGCUUCUAUGGGUUGGCAACUUCAAGAUAUAAUCAAAAAUUAUGAAUCUAAAAAUAUAUUCAACUAUAACGAGACAGCAUUAUAUUGGAUGCUUGAACCUAAUCGAACUCUAGUAUAUGGUCCAGUUAAAGGAAAAAA